GGCAGCAGGGUAGUGUUGAACAUGGAGGGGGCGCUGGUAGCCCGGGAUCAAGUGGGCAUCCAGGACUUUGUGCUGCUCGAUUCCAUCACCAGUGAAACUGCCUUCUUGGACAACCUGAAGAAACGUUUCAAUGAAAACCUCAUUUAUACCUACAUUGGAACACUGUUGGUUUCAGUGAACCCUUACAAAGAACUGGGCAUAUAUACCAAGAAACAAAUGGAAAACUACAUGGGAGUCAACUUCUUUGAGUUACCACCACACAUCUACGCCCUGGCAGAUAACGCCUACCAUACGAUGUUGACAGAGAUGAACAACCACUUCAUCUUGAUCUCAGGGGAGAGUGGCGCGGGUAAGACAGAGGCCUCCAAGAGGAUCCUACAGUUCUAUGCAGUGAGCUGUCCAAGCACCAGCCUCCUGGACAGAGCGAGGGACCGGAUGCUUGUCUCAAACCCAGUGCUGGAGGCAUUUGGGAAUGCCAAAACACUGAAGAAUGACAACUCAAGUCGCUUUGGGAAGUAUAUGGACAUCCAGUUCAACAGAGAGGGGGAAGCGGUGGGUGGUCACAUCCUCAGUUACCUGCUGGAGAAGUCCCGGGUGGUCUACCAGAACCACGGGGAGAGGAACUUCCACAUCUUCUACCAGCUGGUGGAGGGUGGAGAAGAGGAGACCCUGCGCUUGCUUGGGCUAGAGAGGAACUGCCAGCAUUACUGUUACUUGGUGCAGGGGGAGGGUGGUACCCUCAACACUGUCAAUUACAAGAAUGACUGGAAGACCAUGCAGAAGGCCCUCUUUGUCCUGGGUUUCUCUGAGAAGGAAACUGAGUACCUGUUUGGGAUCAUCGGCAGCAUUCUCCACUUAGGCAAUGUCCAGUUUGAAGCCGACAGCAAGGGCUACGCCCACCCGGCCAGCAAGGCUGAACUGCGAUGGGUGUCAAAGUUGCUGGGGGUCCAUGUGCAGGUGCUGCAGGAGGCCCUGACUUUCAAGAAGAUUGAAGCCAAAACUGAGGAGGUUCUCAGCCCCUUUUCAGUGGACCAUGCCAUAUACGCCAGGGAUGCCUUAACCAAAGCUCUCUACGACCGUACAUUCACAUGGCUGGUAAACAAGAUCAACGAGUCUUUGGAAAAUAAGGAUUCAACAAAGAAAACCGUCAUCGGCCUGCUGGACAUCUAUGGUUUUGAAGUUUUCUAUGUGAACAGCUUUGAGCAGUUCUGCAUCAACUACUGCAAUGAGAAGCUGCAGCAGCUCUUCAUCCAGCUUACCCUCAAGUCAGAACAGGAGGAAUAUGAGGCAGAAGACAUUGAGUGGGAGCCGGUGCAGUUCUUCAACAACAGGAUCAUCUGUGACCUGGUGGAGCAGAGGCACAGUGGAAUCAUCUCUAUACUGGAUGAAGAGUGCAUGAGACCAGGGGAGGCCACUGACCUCACCUUCCUGGAGAGGCUGGAGGAAAGGUUGGGGAAUCACCCUCACUUUGUCACACACAGGCUUGCCGAUCAGAAGACGCGCAAAACCAUGGACAGAGGAGAUUUUCGUCUCCUGCACUAUGCUGGAGAAGUCACUUACUGUGUUGUUGGAUUCAUAGACAAAAACAAUGAUCUUUUGUACAGAAACAUCAAAGACGUUAUGCACCAGGCCAAGAACAGUAUCGUCAAACACUGCUUCCCACCCACUGAGGCGGACAGCAAGAAGAGACCGGAGACAGUGGCCACCCAGUUUAAGAGCAGCCUAAUGGGACUGACGAAGAUCCUCACAGCCAAGGAGCCCUGGUAUGUGCGGUGCCUGAAGUCUAAUGAAGACAAACAGCCAGGGCGCUUCGACCACGUGCUGGUGAGACACCAGGUGAAGUAUCUGGGCCUGAUGGAACACCUGAGGGUCAGAAGAGCUGGCUUUGCCUAUCGACGGCGAUAUGAGGUUUUUCUGCACAGGUAUAAACCCCUCUGUCCAGCCACCUGGCCCCACUGGAGGGGGGUGCCGGCCGAUGGAGUAGAACGGAUAUUGAAGCACUUGGGCUACUCGGAAGAUGAAUACAAAAUGGGCAGGACCAAGAUAUUUAUCCGUCAUCCUAGGACCCUUUUUGCCAUAGAAGAUGCCUACGAGAUCUGUAAACACGAACUGGCUGCAAAAAUCCAGGCCAAGUACAAAGGCUACAAGGUAAAAGGAGAGUACAGGAAGAAGAAAGAAGCAGCCACAAAGAUCGAGACCUGCUGGAGAGGAGUGCAGGCCAGGAAGGAACGGGAGAAGAGGGCCUGGGCUGUUAAGGUUAUCAAGAAGUUCAUCAAGGGUUACAUGACCAGACACCAAGCAGCCACCACAGACAAUUCGGAAUACCUCACCUUUGUAAGACACAAUUAUCUCACUAGACUGAAAGACCAUCUACCCAAAACGGUUCUGGAUAAAAGCACCUGGCUGACCCCUCCGCCUGUGGUGAAGGAGGCCUCUGAGAUGCUGCGCAAGCUUCACAUGCGACUCAUGGUUAGAAAGUAUGUCAGGGGGAUUACUGCAGCACAGAAAACACAACUGCAGCUGAAGGGACUGACCAGUGAGCUGUUCAAGGGGAAGAAGGACAGCUAUCCCCAGAGCGUCUCCAGGCCCUUUGUGGACACCAGGCUCAGUGAACAGGAUAUUAAUAUGAGGGUCCUCCAGAUGAUUCGCCAUGAACGCAUCAAGUACAGCAUCCCUGUGGUAAAGUAUGACAGAAAUGGGUUCAAGCCCCGCCCCCGUCAGCUCAUCUUGACUCAGACUGCUGCCUACCUUGUGGAGGAAGCCAAAAUGAAACAGCGGAUAGAGUACAGGUCACUCAAAGGUGUGUCUGUUAGCAACUUGAGUGAUGGCAUCCUGAUCCUCCACGUAAUGCCUGACAGCGCUAAAAAGAAGGGGGACCUCGUUUUGCAGUGUGACCAUCUCUUUGAGGCUGUGACCAAACUGUGUGUGGUGGCCAACAAGCGGAACAUCGUGAAGGUGGUCCAGGGCAGUAUAAAGUUUGAUAUCCAGCCAGGAAAGGAAGGAUUUGUAGAUUUUGGCAGUGGCCAGGAGGCCAUGGCCUACAAGGCCAAGAAUGGACAUCUGAUGGUGGUGUCGACACGCACCAAAUCCCGGUAGCCCUGC